ACAAGAGCUCACUUAGGAAGAGUUAUUGGACAGUCGAGAGUGAGACAGCUAAAACUGAAUCAGAUGCCAAAAUUCAGUUGGGUUUGAAGCCAUCGGAGCUAGUUGUGGUGAACCCUAACAAGAAGACCAAACCUGGAAACAACAUAGGCUACCGUCUGAUUCCAGGGUCAAUUUCAAACCCACUUUUAUCCUCUGAUGAUUUCCCACAAAUCCGAGGUGCCUUCACUAAUUACAAUGUAUGGGUCACGCCUUAUAACAAGUCUGAAAAAUGGGCAGGAGGACAAUAUAUUGAUCGGAGCCAUGGAGAUGAUACAUUGGCUACUUGGACCCUCAGGAACCGAGGGAUCGAAAAUAAGGACAUAGUGCUGUGGUACACCAUGGGCUUUCAUCAUGUUCCUUGCCAAGAAGAUUUCCCAAUCAUGCCAACAUUAAGUGGUGGGUUUGAGCUUCGGCCCACUAAUUUCUUUGAGAGCAAUCCAGUUCUUAAAACAAAACCUCCUAAUCAUGUGAACAGCACUUCAAAACCCUAA